CUGACGUCGCGUCAUAUAGUAAAAAAAAAGAUAAAGUAAAAUAACGUUAAGCUUUAGUUUUCCAUUUGAGUGUUCCGCGUGCGCGUAUAAUACUGACUGUAGUACCACACGCGGUGUUUUCUCUAUUACACUAUAUACCGAUCUUCUCUUCUCACUACACCGUUUUCUGUUUGUGUAUCUGUGUUGUAUCCAACUCUACAUGGAAUCGAAUGAACAGAAUGCUAUGCAUGCAAUAUUACUAAAGUAGUGGUAGUGGGAAAAUAUUUUAACCGAAUAUUUUUGAUGAGCACAUUUUCUUGAGUCAUACAAAUGCACAUUUUCGAUUAUGUCGGACGGGAGACGGGUGUGAAAGAAAAUGUUGUUGCGGUUGUUCGGCAUUUUUGAAUGGUGAUGAAUGGAAAACAAAACGAACUGUCUUCUGUCUAUUAUUUUUGUAACUUAACAAUUAUCCCAACAAUACACUUCAAACGACACAACGCCACACAUUCGACAUACCGAAAGAACGUAAAGUAAAAAUAAAAAUAAAUAAAAAUAAAAGAUAAAAUCUGGAAAAGUUGAUAUUUUCUUUCGGUCAUUGUUCAGUUGUUUUGGGAACACAAUUCAAAAUAAAUAAUAAAAAAAUAUGUGAAAAGUGAUGGAUAAAUAUAGUGAUGGAAAAUGAAUGAAUUCUUUAUGCUUAGUUAACUUGUUCGGUUAAAUCGCGGCAGCUAUUAAAAUUAGAUUAGUUGAUGUAAAUAUUUACGAGAAAAAACCACACGAAUAUUAUCCAACUCGCUUUUGUGUGUAUCGACGAUUUUUACUUUUAAUUUCAUUUUUUUUGGGUUAAUUUGAUUACUGUGCGAAUGGAUAUUCGAAUCGAAAGUGAUAUACAGUUUGGUGUGAACGGAAUAAUUAUGUGAAUUUUGGAAUGGCAAUUAGAUGAAAAAUAUAUUAAUAAACGAGAAAAAUUCGAGUAGAAAAGAUCUAUUUAGCCAGUUAUAAAUGCACUAUUUUAACAACAAACAGAAACAAAAAAAAUUAUAACAAAUGAUGACGUUAACGAGUUUUACCCUGAAAACAUAAUUAAUGUGUUAUCACUGGGCGAGAAAUUUGAUGAUGAAUGAUUACAAUUGAAAUUUUGCAGAAUAAUUUUCGUAAACGAAAAACACUGAAUUUGAAUUUUCUAAAACCUGAAAAUUGUCGACAAUGAUGAAUGAAAAACAUAUAGUGAACCCAGCAAUGUUGUAUUUGAAUAAAACUGGAAAUAAUUAUGAUGCUGCAGGAUAUAAAGUUAUAAAAUGAAGUGAAUGUUUCAUACAGCAGUGUGGGAAAAAUUAGAAAGUUUUCCAUAAAAAACACUUUUAUGCUUUUUACGGGUUCACAGUCAUUGUUAAACUGGAAACUAGAAAUAAACCGGACACACCAAGUGUUCCAUGCACUUAGCUAUAAUUAUGUAAUGCCUUAUUACAAGCAAAAUAUAAAUGAAAAAGAAAAAUAUAUUCGAGAAUAGUGUUGUGUGUGGAAAAUGGCUUUGGCAUUGACAGCACAAAUUGUUUUGAAUAUUUCCGGUAAUUUACAUGCCCCAAAGUAAAAACGGACUCGGAAUAGAAAAGAAAGAAAAGCCAAAGCAGGACACAAAAAAAAAGAAAGAAAGAAAAAAAUCUGAAAUGUUUAAUGUCGUGCAUAAAAUACCACACCAACUGAUACCAAACACCAUGUUCACAUUAUCGAAAAAUUUAUUGCACCAGCAGACUGCAAUAAUUUACCGACAAAUAAAAUGCGACUAAAUAGAACGACGGAGAUGGGAAACAUUAAAUAUCCUUACUUGGUGUUGUCAAGAAAUUAAUUGCAGUAAAAGAAAAGUUUAAAAAAAAGCAAAAGGAAAAAAAAACAAUUCUUACUCAAAAAUUAGGAAGUGAAUAGAAAUUGUAAUUGAAAUAAAUCGUUGAAAUCGUGUGAAAUAGUGCAGACAAUGACGUCACCACAAUGGUUGAACCGAAACAGGACACAAGUUUAGUGACCUCAAACGAAUACUGUGCGCAGAUAAAUCAAAUUGUCCAAUAAUUUAACAAAAUCCUCAAAAUUAUUGCGAACAUUAGCGCCAGUUUUGUUAUCGCGCGAAAAUCGUUUUUUUUUUCUUCAUUUUUAUGUUAAUGUGUUUUUCCAUGAAACUUCAAUUAAAACGGUUUAUAAAUGAGUAGAGAGCACGUGCAUCGUGGUAGCUUAACAUCAUUGAGAAGAUCAUCGUUGGUAAGUCUGUUUGAAAGUGCCACAUCGAAAAUCUUUCCAUUGGAACCGGACAUUUUGGACGAUUUUGAGCCACGGCGAUCAUCACCGGAACGUAGUUUAAGCAGUUCCGUGCAGGAACCGCUUAUGGGAAGAGGUUGCCCAUCGCGAAACGAACGUGAAUUGAAAAAUACAAGGGUACACCAAAAAAGCAGACCGCUCACCCACAACAAGAAACUUAAGCAACAUAUACCGGAUAGUACUUCGACAUAUUAUAGACGGGGGAGCCAAGGGGGCUUAAACCGAGCCCCCGUAAAUCCACCACCUAAUAUGGAAUUUUUACGGGGAAUCUAUGCUUUUAUGCAAGUGAGUAGAUCAUCGAUAAAUCAUGUAAAAAUUGACUCCGCUGUGUUUCGACUGCAUACGAAUGCAACAGUUGUGCUAUUGGUAACAUUUUCAAUAGCCGUGACUACAAGACAAUACGUAGGAAAUCCUAUAGACUGUGUUCAUACAAGAGAUAUCCCAGAAGACGUUCUCAAUACCUAUUGCUGGAUUCAUUCAACCUAUACAGUGGUAGAUGCAUUUAUGAAAAAGCAGGGAUUCGAAGUGCCUUUUCCGGGAAUCGAUAAUUCUCAAGGAAGCCGAGGUCCGUUGACUAUAAAACAUACGAAAUAUUAUCAAUGGGUGGCGUUUACGUUAUUCUUUCAGGCGAUAUUAUUCUAUACGCCACGGUGGCUGUGGAAAUCAUGGGAAGGUGGAAAAAUACACGCACUGAUGAUGGAUUUGGAUAUUGGUCUUGGUACCGAAACCGAAAAGAAUCACAAAAAGAAAAUUCUGAACACUUAUUUGUGGGAAAAUUUAAGUUUGAUCGGUUUCAGUUAUCACAACUGGUGGGCAUAUCGAUAUUACUUAUGCGAAUUCUUAUCACUGGUAAAUGUAAUUGGCCAAAUGUUCCUGAUGAAUCGCUUCUUUGACGGUGAGUUCAUGACAUUUGGCUUAGACGUAAUUGCUCACAUGGAAGCGGAUCAGGAAGACCGUCUAGAUCCGAUGAUCUACAUAUUUCCACGUAUGACAAAAUGUACAUUCUAUAAAUAUGGUGUCAGUGGUGAAGUUGAACGGCACGACGCCAUUUGUAUACUGCCGCUGAACGUUGUCAACGAAAAGAUCUACAUAUUUCUUUGGUUUUGGUUCAUUUUAUUAUUUUUCUUGUCCAGUAUAACACUAAUAUACCGAAUAGUUAUAAUAUUCUCACCGCGAAUGAGAGUUUAUUUGUUACGAUUAAGGUUUAGGUUAGUCAAACGUGAAGACAUAGAAAUUAUAGUGCGUCGUUCGAAAAUGGGCGACUGGUUUCUAUUAUAUAUGUUAGGUGAAAAUAUCGACACAGUCAUAUUUCGUAGUAUAAUGAACGACCUGGCUGUCAAAUUGAAUGGAGAUCAUGAGCAUCGUACACGGACGGGAAUGAAAGGAACCAUUCAAGAUGCAUGAUAUUGGGGAUGAUUGAUUGACAUCAAUUAUGUGGAAUUUAGACAAUUGUUAGUUAAUUAUUUGAAUAAAAUUAUCGAUAUUUUCGUUGUUAAUUUUCCGUCCAGGAAAAUGGAUUUUAGUCAUGAUUUUGAUAUUUAAGGGGGAAAAAAGCAAAAAGGAAAUUAAAGAAAACUGAAAACUGAAUUACAAAUUGUGUACAUUGUUUCCAUUAAAGGCCGUACAACCAUUCAGCACAUCAUAAACUGCAAUACUUAAAAAAACAUUUGUUCCUUAAUUUUAAUUUGAUUGAGAGAAAAAUGAAGAAAAACCGAAAAAAAAUUAAGCUCGAAGAAAAGUGAACACCGUCAUGUAUUCCUCAUUUUGCUAGUUAUGAAGUGUGGGAAUAAUUUUAGUCUUCAACCGCAUUAUCGCUGUCUUAACUCGGUCUUGUGUCAAUUGAAACAAGUUUGUUGAAUUUUAAAAAAAUCAUUUCAAAGGAUUUCAAUUUUUUCGACGAAAAUUCCCAAUGUCCGCAAAUUCAUUUUCAUGAUCCGCACCGAAGGGACAAUCACUUUUCAUUUAAUCUCAUUUUAUCUUAUUUGAUACAAAAAUUCCAUUUGAUCCCAAAUUUCAUUUGUUUCCAAAAUUCCCUUCGACCUCAAAAUCCCAUUUGAUCCCCAAAAUCCAUUUGCUCACCAAAUCCCGUCGGAUAUCAAAAUCCCAUUUGAUCACCAAAUUCCAUUUGAUCCGAAAUCUCAUUUGAUCAGAAAUCCCAUUUGAUCCCCAAAUCCCAUUUGAUCCCCAAAUCCCAUUUGAUCACCAAAUCCCAUUUGAUCCCCCAAUCCAAUUUGAUCACCAAAUCCCAUUUGAUACCCAAAUCCCAUUUGAUACCAUAAACUCCAGUUUAAUUCAAAUAGUGAUUUACCGCUAGUUACGCACUAAUGCGUAAAAGUGACGUUAGUAAAAAUGAAGCACUGCCGUACAUAAAUCUUGUUAAUAAUUGAUGACUUAGAUGAAAUUUUCCGCAUACGGUGUGUUGUCAACCUCGACCAUUUUCACAUCUUUUGGCCAUGUGUAUGUAUAAUGUGGUAAUCGCGGCUUUGUGGGUGUUUUAGUCGUCCCACGACUUUCUCACAUUCUAAAAUGUUUUCGGGGACCCUCGACUCAUAACUUAUAUACAAAAUCUGUAUUUUCAAUUCUUGUAGCUUGUGGAGUACCUGAAAGUAAUCGUUAAAUCUACGCUGUAUCGGGAUUUGUUGUUUAUCAAAAAAAAGACCUAGACUUUACUUAGUCGAAUUAUACCUAUGCUAUGGUAUGAUUGAUUGGUCAGACAGCGUAACAUUGUUUGUUGCACACAAAGAUUACUUUUGAAAAAUUUUAGCAAUCAAUUUUCCAAAAAAUGGUCCAGCGCAAGUCAGUAUAAAAUAUCAAAACAUAAGAAUCUUGGUCUUCAUUGUCUAAGUGAAAUAUGUCGAUUAAAAAUACAAACCACACAACAACUUUCAUAUUGCAGAACACGACAGAUUUCGCUUUUCGACGAGGGUUAAUUACAAAAAAAAAAUAAACAAAUUGAAAACUGAAAGUGCUAAAUGAAAUUUAAAAAAAAAAUCUUUUUGGGAACGCCUAAGUAAAGUUAAAAUACUGCCAAUUGAAACUAGUGAAGAGGAAAUUAACGUAGCAAAUAAAUAAAAGAAUGGAAGAAGGAAAUGUUUGGAAGAUCUCACUGAUUAAAUGAAAAUGUAGCGUUAAAAAAAAAACAAAAUAAAUUUAACUUUAAAUCAAGAUUUCUGUACAUAGUGUAAAAAAGAGAUUACAUAAAAUGAUGUUUAGUGAAAAAAAUCCUAGAUAAGUUUAUUUAAAAUCAUAGAAAAUAUAAAAUCAAUAAAACGAACAAAGUCAAUGAUAAAAAUAAUUGAGUUGCUAGAUUUUCUAAAAAAAAUGAAAAAAUUUGAAACGGUAUUCAAAGCAAUGAAAUGUAGAAAUAAAGAAUUAAAUUGCAAUCAAUUGUCUUGUGUCUCAACGUAAAAAAAAAUGAAACAAAAAUUAGUAAAACUACACAGCGAUGUCGUAAAUCACAUAUUAUCGAUUACAUUGAACCAUCAUCCUUUAUGUCCAACGAAGCAGAGAUCUAUAGAUUGUGGUGAGCUCGUCUGGUGUGUGUUAUAACUAUUGGUGACUGUACAGAGGGUAUCAAAUUCAUCCAUAUUGUACAUCAACGCAAUGCAUUAGUGCCAACGCGUAAAAAGAAAAAUUCAUACCCUUCUGUAGGUGACGACCAACCUGCAAACGGAAAAUACAGGAACAACACAGUAUUUACUGAUCAUGUCUUUGAUUACUAAAAGUUCACACAAGGUUAAAAAAUUGAAUUUUAACAUUCUAACAAUUAACAAAGAUCAACAUUGACUAAGACAGACUUUUCGACUAUAAUUAGGUCUUAGGAAUCCCUAACUUAUUUCAAGACUUUUAUUUGUUUCAACCGGACUGGCCGUAUCAUUUUCAUCCUAAAUAUAUCAAUUAUAGUUAUAAAACGAAUAGUGAAAACACCUAAUUGGACGAGUGAAAAUUUCGCAGUUUUAUAUCUUCGAAAACAGCCUCAAUCGAAUGAAUGCAGAAGUCUCAAGUCUCAUUUUUUUACCCGGGAUUUCUAAAAAACAAACAAUUCGACUUGUUUGGAUCACUGAAAGAAAAGUUUUAAUAAAAAAAAUCAAUAAAUACGUCUAGCAGUGACGGGCGAGUACACUUUGAUUUCAUAAUUGUAUCAAAAAUUGAAACAUUGUCAGACUGAGAUCUAGUACUCCUAUUUGUUGAAGUGUAGUGUUUUCCUCCUCUUAAUCUUGGAUUCAAGAAAUAUUAAGGCGCUCAACUACUUACGUAGUCGUCGUCUGUCAUUGUGAUAAGUUUGCUUUAAUAUACAAACGGCUCUGUAUCGACAACAACUUCAAACAUAAUAAAAGCUGAACUCUGGCUACAAUCAAUUUAUAAAAAAGUAAAAAUUAGAAGAUUUAUCCUCGGUUGAAAAUACUGAGGUUUUUAAGAAGUAAAAGAUUCGGUGUGAUAUAACCUUGCCGUCUGUGAAAAGAUAAAACUGAUCUACGUUCCAAUUAUCGUCGUCCAAACAGGGUUUACAAUUCGGAACUUUAAUUCUAAAAAUUUUUGAAAAUUCCUAAAAGUUUUUAGAGUCCUUGGAAUUUUUGUAAGAUUUUUUUAGUAAUUUUAAGAUAUAAAAUUCCGAAUAAUAAGCCCUGCAUCCAAAAGAAGUUUUUUUCUCUAUAAAUUGCAACAUUAAACCACACUCGUUAAAAAAAAAAAUCUGUUUCUGUUGAACGUUUUAACAUCUACACAUGCUAGAGAAACAUCCAUCUGUAUCCAUAUUGGAAAU